UAGUCUUAUCAAUUUAUGAAUGUUGAUCGAAAUUUACACGUGGAUACAUAGAUAACAUAAUUAUUAAAAGAUGCUAACAAUAUAUAUAUUUAAUAAUUUUUAGUUUCAGGUAGUUACGGUAUUAAAAAGCACCAAUGGUAAAAUACUUUUCAUGCAUACUAUUUUUGAGCACAACUGUACAAAUAUGCAAGGAAAAACAUUUUCAUGAAUUUUAUGGUCUCAGAUAAUAUGGCCGCAACCCGGCGGGAAUAACGACGCCAGCGCCGUGUCAUUUUAUUGUAUUAUUAAAUACGUACACCUAACAACGAGAACGUGUUCUGUGAAUUGGCGACUAUCUUUUAGCGGCACCGUCCGCCAUUAUUGGCAUUUGCACGGCGUUCAACAAGAUUUUCUUACGUUUAUAGGGCCGAAACCACACCUAUAACCUGAAGAUUUAUAUCAUACUAUGAUGGCACGCAGCCGUAAAGAUAGCACGGGUAAAAGUGACUCUGAAGUCACUGAUAAAGAAAAUAAGAGGGAAAGAGGUAGAGAAAGGGACAGAAAAAAGCGGGCUGCCUCAACGUCCAGCAGUGGCAGUAGUUCUUCUGAUAGUAGCUCAGGAUCAUCGUCCACAAGCAGUGGAAGCAGUUCCAGAUCAAGCUCUACUUCAAGUACUACCUCUACCAGUUCAGCAAGUUCUUCUGGAAGUUCUAGGGAUAGGGGAAGAAAACGAAGCAGAAGCAAGAGUGUAGAUGCUUCGCGUAGACAUGAUAACAAAGAAAAAGAAAGGGAAAAGGAAAGAGAAAGAGAAAGGGAUAGAGACAGGGACAGAGACAGGGACAGAGAAAAAGAUAAAAAGAAGAGCAGUAAUUCUGUAAUUGAUAAACCGAAACCCAAAGGACGCUCUAGAUCACCUUCACCACGUAGAAAACGUAGGGAAAGAUCACCAAUUCCAAGACCAACAAAAAUACAUAUUGGACAUCUAACCCGUAACGUUACUAAAGAACAUAUUAUGGAAAUUUUUUCUACAUACGGUCAGAUAAAAAUGGUCGAUUUUGCAAUGGAUAAGCUUCAUCCAAAUCAAGGACGAGGCUUUGCUUAUGUGGAGUUUGAAACAGCAGAUGAAGCUGAGAACGCAAUGAAACACAUGGAUGGUGGACAAAUAGAUGGUCAGGAAAUUACUGCUGCCCCAGUAUUAUUACCAAAACCACGACCAUUACCGAUGCGGAGGAUGUCACCUUUAAUGGGAAGAAGAGCGCCUCCACGAUGGGGUGGUGGAGGUAGAAAUACUCCUCCUCGUUAUCGGAGACGUUCACCACCAAUUAAUCGUCGCAGAAGCCCACGGCCACCAAGACGUAGACCAAGAACUCGUUCGCGUAGUCCCCCAAAUAAUCCACGACAUCGGCACCGUCGCUAUACGAGAUCAAGCUCUAGCAGUUCUCGAUAGCAACCUUUUUUGUACAUAUAAAAUAAGAACUAAAUUUGACCAAAGUCAGUUCAUUCUGAUUGGUCGUCUUAAUAUAUUAAGCAAAACAAUUUUUACCAAUUCAUUCGAUCAUAUUGACUGGGAAAGUGUAUUAUGCAUUCAAAAAUACACUACAUUUGUCCACGACGGUGUUCAUGACAAUUUACGUUCUUGUCAAUGACUAAAACACCAUCCGUGAUCCGCAAGUUCUGCUUUUGAAAUAUAUCAAUUUCACACGUGAUAA